CGAUUGUCUCUUUGUCGCAAGAAAAGAAAAUAUCCUCACAGGCUCUCCUUGUUUUUAGGGACGAUCCCCUUCCCCGGAAGAGCCGCUUUCGGCUGGCGUUUCUUUCAGGCAGUGCGGCGGGCAGCCCGCAGGCCCUUGUAAGGCGGGCGCCGCAGCCCCGCCUCCUUCUUUUCGGCCGGAACCGCCAUCUUCCAGUAAUUUGCCAAAAUGACCAACACAAAGGGAAAGAGGAGAGGCACCCGCUAUAUGUUCUCUAGGCCUUUUAGAAAACAUGGAGUUGUUCCUUUGGCCACAUAUAUGCGAAUCUACAAGAAAGGUGAUAUUGUAGACAUCAAGGGAAUGGGCACUGUUCAAAAAGGAAUGCCCCACAAAUGUUACCAUGGCAAAACUGGAAGAGUGUACAAUGUCACCCAGCAUGCUGUUGGCAUUGUUGUAAACAAGCAAGUUAAGGGUAAGAUUCUUGCCAAGAGAAUUAAUGUACGUAUUGAGCAUAUUAAGCACUCUAAGAGCCGAGAUAGCUUCCUGAAACGAGUGAAGGAAAAUGAUCAGAAAAAGAAGGAAGCCAAAGAGAAGGGUACUUGGGUUCAGCUGAAGCGCCAGCCUGCUCCACCCAGAGAAGCACACUUCGUGAGAACCAAUGGAAAGGAGCCUGAGCUGCUGGAACCCAUUCCCUAUGAAUUCAUGGCAUGAUAGGUGAAAAAAAAUAAAAGACUCCUGCACUGUAAAAACGUUUCUCUUAAUUGAGUAUAAGUGUGGUGUCCCUUCCCCCAAAGAAAUGUUUAAAGCAAACUUAAUAAUUGUGUCCUAAUUCAUUGGGUGAUGUCUUUACUAUUCAAAUUUAUGGGUUUUUUUUUUUCUUGAUGAAAGGUGUGGGGUGGUUUAUUGUGCAACAAAGAAUAUACUCAAUUGGUUAGGAAACUGCCAGAUAUUAUUUAUAAAAUAUACUAGUUUGAAAGUAAUCUCUUUAAAUUGCUAUGAAAAAAAGAAUUUAAAAAAUAAAUGAAAGAUUAUCUGUUGCAUUCCAGUUAAGCUCAGGGAAACUUGAUUAGUCAUGAUUGUAUCAUAAGUAGCUGUGUUUAAAGAAUCUGGAACUUGCCUUUGAGGCCUACUACUUAAAAAUACAUUGUUUAAAGCACCCUG